AUGAACAACGAAAGGGCUCAGCUCCUUGAUUCACUCCACGAACUUUCAAAUAUUCUUGAAACAGGACUUGACCGCGAAACAUUAUCCAUUUUGCUUGAACUUACAGAAGCUGGAGUUAAUCCAGAAGCUUUGGCAGCUUUAGUUAAAGAACUUCGAAAGCAAAGGGAAGAGAAUGAUGAACAAACUCCAACAUUUUUUAGUUAA